AUGUCCUCCUCAAAGCUCAUCGUCAUCGUCGGAGCCACUGGCAAUCAAGGCGGCUCUGUGGCGAGCAUCUUCCUUGAAGAACCAGGUUGGAAAGUUCGCGCCCUGACUCGAAACACCUCUAGUAUCAAGUCUCAGGCUCUGGCAGCCCGAGGCGCUGAGGUUGUUCAAGCCGACAUCGACACACCUGCCACACUAUCGGCAGCGUUUGAGAGUGCGAACGCCAUCUUCGCUGUGAGUGACUUCUGGGGCUUAUACGGUGAUCCUGCCAAUAAAGACAAGGCGAAGCCGGGCCAGCCUCUGAAUGUGUGGGCGGGUGAGCAUGAAACACAACAGUUAAAGAACGUUAUCGACGCAGCCGCCAAAGUCCCAAGUUUGGAGCGAUUUGUACUCUCCUCUCUCUCGAACGCCACGAAAUGGUCGAAGGGGAAAUACACUCACGUGUACCACUUUGACUCAAAAGCCAAGGCGGCAGAGUACGGCAGAGAAACAUACCCGGAUCUCUGGGCAAAGACCAGCAUCUAUCAACCUGGACUUUUCUUAACUAACAUCCUUAAGAACUCUGAUGGAGUAGUCCAAUUUAUUGGGCAUCUGGACCAAGAUGUCAAACUUCCAAUUGUUGCCGCCGAAGAAGAUUCUGGGCCCUUGGUCAAAGCUCUCAUACAAGACUCCGCUGGAAAGAACCUCAUUGGUUAUCGAGAAUGGCUCACUACUCGAGAGCUAGCGUCAACAUUUACAAAGGCUACAGGGUUGAAGGCAGAGGUAGUCACUCUGCCAAAGGGGCAUUUUCCUCCAUCUGUUCCGACCGAAUUGAAGACAGAGCUUGAAGACAACAUGGCGUAUUGGAACGAGUUCGGGUACGAGGGCAGAGACGACCCUACAGUUAUUCAUCCUAGAGAUUUGAAGUCGCCCCCUUCUCUCGAUACUGUGGAAGACUACCUCAAGAGGUACGACUGGACGAAGGUGUUUGGUUCUUAA